AUGUCCCAACCCGAUCCAACGGGCGGUCCCUCGCCCAGCAGCGGCCGUCAAGACCACCUCCCCUCGCAACCAAGCGGCCUCCGCCAAAGCCACACGCCUUCCACGACCCCCUCGCCCGCUGACGAACACCCUCCCCACCUCGACGGUGCCGAAUCAGCCUCGCACGCCGAGCAGCUCGCCCGCAUCGCCGGCCGAUCCAUGCCCAUCCUCCCCAGCGAGACGUCAUCGCUCCUCGAGCAACUCAACGGCGGGCCGAGCAGAGGUUCCCGUCAUGGAACGUUCUCCCCCGGUGGGCUGAGCACGAGGACGGGGACCGACUUGGCUUCGACGUCGGAGUAUGAGUCGGAUUGUCAGGGCAUACCCGGGGAUUCGUCGACGGCGAGGGGGAAGAGUUGGAGGUCGAGGAUUUCUAAGAGGAUGAAGAGUAAGAAGAUUCGGAGGUCGAAGCAAUUGGCGAGGGAGGCUGGUGUUGAAGCCAACAUGAUCAUGUACUUUUCGUACUAUAUCCCCUGCCUCGCAUGGCUUCGAGAGUACAAAUGGUCCUACAUGACGGGCGACCUGAUUUCCGCCCUGACCGUCGCCUCCUUCUACCUCCCUAUGGUCCUUUCUCUCGCUGAUAACCUUGCCCACGUGCCACCCAUCCACGGCCUCUACAGCUUCUUUUUCAACCCCCUCAUCUACGCCAUCUUUGGCAGUUCGCCUGCUCUCAUGGUCGGACCCGACGCCACGGUUUCCCUGCUUGUCGGUACCAUCGUGAAGAGGUCCGGCGAGGAGAACGACGACGCUCUGCAGGCUCAGGUGUGCGGCAUCAUCGCCGGCAUCGCUGGUGCGACUCUGCUAGCCGCCGGUCUUGUUCGUAUCGGGUUCCUAGAUAGCGUUCUUAGCCGACCGUUCUUGCGAGGGUUCAUCUCCGCUAUUGGUUUCGUUAUUAUCGUUGAUCAGCUUCUUCCCCAGAUGGGCCUCACCGAGGCCGCGAAGAAGGCUGGCGUUAGCCAUGGUAGUAGUGUCGAGAAGUUGACGUUUUUGAUUCGCAAUUGGCGUCAGGCGCAUACGUUGACGUUUGCCAUUUCGGCGACUAGUUUUGUCGUCAUCAUGGUCUGCCGACAAAUCAAGCACAAGCUUCAGCCGCGAUACCCCUCCGUAGCUUACGUCCCCGACCGCUUCGUAAUUGUCGUCCUCGCCUCCAUCCUCUGCUGGAGACUCGACUGGGACCACAAAGGUGUGGCCAUUAUCGGCGCCAUCAAAUCCGCCUCCGGCAGUCUCUUCACCUUCCGCUGGCCCUUCGUUCCCACCAACAUGAAGCACAUCCGCGAGGCCAUGAGCACCUCCUUCCUCAUCGCUCUCCUCGGCUUCUUCGAGUCCAACGUCGCCGUUAAGAACCUCGGAAGGUCCGUCAGCUUCCCCGCCAUGCAGCUCAGCGCCAACCGCGAGCUCGUGGCAUUGGGCGUGGCGAAUCUCGUUGGUGGUUGCUUCAUGGCUCUGCCGGCCUUUGGAGGCUACGGGAAGAGUAAGGUUAAGUUGGCGACAGGUGGGAAGAGUCCGAUGAGUUGUGUGUUUUUGAGCUUGAUUGCUUUGUGCACGAUUCUCUUCUUGUUGCCUUACAUGUACUAUCUUCCGAAACCCACACUCUCUGCUAUGAUCUCUGUCGUCGCCGUUUCCCUCAUCGAGGAAGCCCCCCACGACGUCGCCUUCUUCCUCCGCAUCCGCGGCUGGCGCGAGCUCGGCCUCAUGACCAUCAUCUUCCUCGCCACAAUAUUCUACUCCCUCGCCUUCGGUAUCGCCAUCGGAAUAGGCCUCUCCGUCCUCCAGGUCAUCCGCCACGCGACCCGCCCCCGCAUCCAGAUUCUCGGCCGCAUGCCGGGAACACGCCGAUUCGAGAACGCCGAGACGCACGCUGACCGCGUCGAGCUCAUUGACGGCUGCCUCAUCGUCAAGAUCCCCGAGCCGCUGACUUUCGCCAACACGGGCGAGCUCAAGACACGUCUGCGUCGCUUGGAGUUUUAUGGUACGAGCCAGGCUCAUCCGGCGCUGCCUCGUCUGAGGCGCGAGGAGUCGAAUAAGAACAUCAUCUUUGAUAUUCACGGCGUUACGUCUAUGGACGGGUCCGGGACGCAGGUGCUCGAGGACAUCGUGCGGUCGUACAGGGAGAAGAAUGCGCGGGUGUUCUUUAGCAGGGGGCCCAAGGAUCCUAAGCACCCUGUUAGGAAGCUCAUCGAGAGGUCGGGUAUCAUGGAUUUGAUCGGCGGUGAGGGUCACUACGUUGAUGAUGUGCACGAGGCGUUGAAGAUGACGGAGUUGGAGGAGAGUGUUGAGGGUGUUGUGGCGGCUGAGAGGAGGAGGAUUGGGGAUGAUAGGUCGCCUUUGUUGCAUCAAUGA